AUGGUACCUCCUAUUGUAUAUGAACUUUUUAUACUCUCUCUACUAUGGAGUAGAUUAACAAGUGAUUUUGCUCCUGAUACUAAGUCAUACGAUGCUUAUGGACUUAAAUUAGCAGCCAAUGAUGUGAUGAUGGUCGAAGUAAGGAGUGAUUCGAAAACAUUUCUCGUUCAAUUUGCACCAUACAAUUACGCGACUACUUCAUUACAAUGUUCAGUUAAUUAUGAUGAUUCAACACAUUAUGUAUAUUCAGUAGGCAUAGGUUCACAACAGAAGACUAAUACAACACCAUAUUUCUUUAUCGUUGGUGAAGUUUUACCUCCUACUGAUCAGUCUGGUCAUAAUGGAACAUUUAUAGGUUUAUGGCGAAACAAUGAUACAACUCUUGCUCAACAAUAUGCUGACGCUGAACAAACAAUAUCAUGUGAUUAUUUUCAAAUUGAACAAUUAAAAUUUCUUUCCGAUUAUGCUCACCAAGAGUUUAUGGUACUUACUGUUGAUCCUUACGGUCAAUUUGCACUCGUUCUUGCCACUGAUUUUGUCUUCAUUUAUCGUCCAUUUACAAAUAAUUGUAAUGAUGUUAUUACUGUAACUAAAAGUACUUUAGUAUGGCCGAAUAAUGUUACUUUCAUGCCACGUGCUGCCGAUACAGAUAUCAAUUUUACAAUAGUCGCUGGUUUUGUUGAUCAAGGUCCAAAUUCACAAAUCCGUUCUAAACCUAUUGUAUAUCUUAUGUCAAACAAUUUAGUUGUUCUCGAUAGUUGGUCAUAUACGCCAACUAAUAGUACAUGGCAAAGUCGUUUAACGAAUGCAGGUUCAACAGGUAUUUGGUCAGCUAUGUAUGUUAUGUCAGUUGAUAUCAAUCCAUUCGAUCAUACUCGAGUACUUGUUGGUUUACCAUCAACAAAUACAUUACUUUUCUUUACCGUAAGUAAUGAUUAUACUAAAAUAACACUUACCAGUUUUAUUGAUAACGGUGGCAAUCUUGGAUUUGGCAAAGGUGUAGCAUGGCUGGCAUUAAAUCAAGCAGCUGUAUUGAAUAGCGCAUAUUCACUCGAUUAUAAUACAUGGUUUUCAUCUCAAGUUUAUCUCUAUACCAAUGCAAAUGAAACAAGUCUUGGUGCAGCAGUAACAGCAGUAAUUCCUAACACUCAACAACCUUUAGGCACGACAAUUAGUCCAUUAAUAAUUAAUAUUAUCUCUACACCUUCUUCACUUGCUAUACUUAAUGGAUCAGGUGGUAUUCUCUUUCUAUUGGCAACGGUACCUGGAUAUUACGCUUCAACAGAUACGAGCAAAUUACGCGGUACAGCAACAAUGCCUGUUAUAAGUCAACAAGUGACAUGCAUUGGUGGUACUUAUAAGAAUGAUAUUGGAGUUCAUUCCUGUUUUCCAUGUGUAAAUGGAUCAAAGAAUUCACGUGAUACAGCAGGUAUUGUUUGUACAGCGUGUGCUUCAUCUGCUUUUUGUCCUCUUGGAGCUGUUGCAGAAGUCGAUGCAAGUGAAUUGCAAACAAUAUCUCAAGCUCAAGCAUAUCCAAAAUCUCCUGAAUCGACUAUCUUCGAUGAAAUUCUAAUUCAAAAUAUGUUCUCUAUUGGAGGUUCAUUUCAUUGUAUACUUGUAUCUCCACUAUUUUGGACAUUUACUGUCAUGUUUUGUACUAUUCAUCCGAAAAAACAUAUAUGGCGUGAACAAAUAAAAAAAGUUUUUCGACAAAUGGAUUUAGUGGUACGUCUCUUUUGUCUGGGUGUGGGUGU